AUGUCUGCCAAGGUUCCGCGAAACUUUAGGCUCCUGGAGGAGCUGGAGAAGGGAGAGAAGGGACAAGGCGCAGAGGCUUGUUCAUACGGUCUCGCUGACGGUGAAGACAUGAUGAUGAGCAACUGGAACGGCACAAUCCUCGGACCUCCCCACAGCGUGCAUGAGAACCGCAUAUACAGCGUGAACAUCCAUUGCGGACCCGAUUACCCAGACAACCCCCCUACUCUCCAAUUCUCUUCGCAAGUAAACGUCCCUUGUGUCGACCAGCGAUCGGGCAAGGUCGACCCAUCCAAACUUCCAUGUCUUGCUCAGUGGAAACGGGAUUACACCAUGGAGACGGUCCUGAUUGAACUCCGCAGAUAUAUGGCCCUCCCCCAGCACAAGAAAAUGCCUCAGCCCCCAGAGGGCUCUACUUUCUAA